UAUUCUUGAAUUUUGUUGUUGCCUUUGUCAAAACUCAAAAUAGUACCAAAACUAAAUCCAACCCAAAAGACAGAAACACAGAAACUCUAAUCUGAACCAAGUUCUGGUUCUUUCUUCUUCAAUCUUUGUAUCACAAUCUCUCUCUUCCAUCAUCAAUCAAUGGUUAUAAAAUCUCUAAGGUAAUUUCUUAUCAUCACACAUCCCCAUCAUAGCUUAACUCUUCAAUUCUCUUACCUCAUUUCAAAAAUUGAAUCUUUUCUCAAUUCAAUCAUCACCUUGUUCAUCAUUUUGAAUAAAAAUCAGAUUUUUAGAUCUUGAUCUGUGUUAAUUUUUGUGGGUCUGCUUCUAAAUUUGUGCUUUAGGGUUUCAGUAAUUUUUUUGGGCAAGCUUCAGAAUUUUGUGCUGGGGUUUAAAUCUGAAAUUUUGUGCUUUAGGGUUUAAUUUAAAUCUGAUUUUUUUAAGGGAUUAGAGAAAAUGAAUUGUGUAGGGCAAUCUUCUGAAUUAGGGUCUGGUGUUAGUAUUGGUGAAGCAGUAGAAAAUGUAGUUCUAGGUGGUGAUGUUAGGUGUUGGAUACAAGCUUCUCCUCCAAGGGGAAAUGGAUCAAGGAAUACUAGUCCAAUGGGUCGAGUCGGGUCAAGGAACACGAGUCCUUCAAGGCAAAAGGUUGUUAAGACUAAACCAAGGGGUUUAGAUGAAGAAACACAUGCUACAUUUGGUAAAGUAGUUCAUGCUGAUGUUCAAAUGGAGGAUAAUAUAUGGGCUAUGUUGCCUGAGGAUUUGUUGCAUGAGAUCUUAGCUAGAGUUCCGCCGUUUCUUAUUUUCCGGCUUCGUUCGGUUUGUAAGAGAUGGAAUUCAUUGCUUCAAGAUAGUAGUUUUCUUAAGUUUCAUUCGAGUGUGCCAUCACAUGGACCUUGUGUUCUUAGUUUCUGUAAGAGCUCGUUGAUCCCGCAAUGUUCUGUUUAUAGUUUGCCUCUUAAAACUUGGUAUAGAAUGUGUUUCACGUUUUUGCCGCAUUGGGCGAUCUGGUUGGUUGGGUCAUCUGGUGGUCUUGUUUGCUUUUCUGGGUGCGAAGGAUCAGUUUUUUAUAUACUUGUUUGUAAUCCCCUCACUCAAACUUGGAGGAAAUUGCCAAGUAUGCAUUUUAAUCAACAAAGGCAACUGAUAAUGGUUGUUGAUCGAUCGGACCAGUCGUUUAAAGUGAUAGCCACUAAUGAUAUAUGUAGUGACAAGUCAUUGCCGACUGAAAUUUAUGACUCGAAGGAAGAUAAAUGGUCGGUCCAUCAGACUAUGCCGGCUUCCAAUCUUUGUUCUUCAAAGAUGGCGUAUUGUGAUUCUAGGUUGUACUUGGAAACCCUUUCACCGCUUGGUUUGAUGAUGUACAGAUUAGAUAUAAAUCGUUGGGAACAUAUUCCAGCUAAGUUCCCGCGAUCGUUGUUGGAUGGUUAUUUGGUUGCUGGUACCCAAAAGAGGCUUUUUCUUGUUGGAAGGAUUGGUCUUUAUAGUACUCUACAGAGUAUAAGAAUAUGGGAAUUAGAUCAUGCCAAGAUUUUGUGGGGGGAGAUCAGUAGGAUGCCGCCAAGGUAUUUUCGUUCGUUAUUGAGAUUGUCGGCUGAGAGAUUUGAAUGCUUCGGACUUGAUAACUUAAUUUGCUUCACAUCUUAUAACCAAGGGAAGGGCCUUCUAUUUGAUGUCGAUAAAAAGAUCUGGUCUUGGAUUGGUGGGAGUGCUUUUCAGUCAUACAACAAUCAAGCUUGUUUCUAUGAGCCAAGGUUUGAUGCUUCUAUCUACUAAGCUACUAAAGUCUUACGACAUGAUAUCAGAUUGUGAUCGACACUACAUAAAAGAGGUUUACCAGUGAUUUGUUUUCACCUGACCUGUUUUCUUCGAAUUGAGAUUCUCCUCGACAUGACCAUUUUGAAAAUGUAUAUGGCAUUGGCACUGAAAUUGUGUAUCUGUAACUUCAACAUUUUGCAUUCUCGUGUAAUAUAACUUUUUUAAAUCUUUUCUUGAACCUUUACCUUAUAUGUAACUUUUUCAUGUAAAUGGGUUCUUUCAACUUUUUUUUUCUUUCUCAUGGAAAAUAAAAUAACUGAUCAAGAAUAUGGUUUACUUUA